UUAUUACUAUGAUAAUAUAUUAUCUUGUUACAAAUAAUCAAGAAUUUUUUACAUCCUUUAGCUUUUCUCCAAAAUAAUUGCUAUAUUGUAAAAUUUAAAGAAAACUUAACAAAAAUAUAUCUUUUAUAACGUAGAAUACAAAUAGAUAAUUUUAAAAAUGUAAAGAUGUUUCUACGUGACAAAAGAAAUGAGAUAAAGAAAACACAAACAUAAUAAUUGCAUUGAAAUGUUUGCAUGUUUGAUAAUAUGACGCUAUAAAAGAUUAAUUCUGAUACAACAUGAUUAUCAUAUUUUUAUCAAAAAUUUUACAAAAAUGUGUAGUUAAAAUGCGCAUAGCGAAGAAUUUAUGUGUCAUACGUGAAACGAAUUCCUGUGCAUUAAUUCUUUUAUUUCAUAGACGACGUAUUACGUGUGCGUGACCUCGACUUUUAGAUGAUUCGCGUAAGGGACGAUUGUAUCAUCAUCAAUUCUCGUUAUUCGUCUCCGCAAAAUUUCUUUAAUUCGUAAAUUUAAAUUCCUCGCUCGAGGCAUUUCGGCCUUGCAUAAAUUGUCGGUAAUUGUAAUGCAAUAUCGUCCUCUGUCGCGGGCAAAAUUGAUUCGUGGAAAUCUCUUCGUGUAAUUGCGGCUGCGUAUUUUUGCGAGCACAUAAUCACGCUGAUACGGUCAUAUGAAUAAAGCAAUUUACAAUUUACUUAACAGACUCAAAUUAUAACAUCUCUCUGUUUUUUUUAAAUGCGUAUGUUUUUUGCUUAAUAAUCUUAUUUCUAAGCAGAAAUUUAUUUUAUACGUUUCAAGGAUAAAUUUUUAAUCCGAUCUUAUAGAAUAUAUUUGUACUCAAUGGUCGACGGUCCUGGCCCCUGCGAGAUGUGUGAACUCUGUUAGAAAACUCGUACCCCGGCAGGGAAAAAUCGACUCCGCCCGACGGAUGGAUAUUCGUCUGAUUUCAGAUCAAGUCGAAAGUUUCGCGUUUCAUAAUCCGCAACAAAGUAGGCUUAUCAGCGAGCACUUUUGAUUUCAAAAAAAGAAAACGAUGCCCGGGUUGGAGCGGAUUAAUCGCUGCGGCCGUCUGAUCGAGGGAGCGCGAAGGGAUUUCCUGAAAUAUUAUCUGAAAAAAUGUCCAACCCUGUUUCACAUCUGCUACGAUCCGAUCGGCACUCAUCGGAAAGCGAGGGCCUUCAUCGGAUUUCUCUUUGGAUUUGUCGCAGCUGUCGUGUUGUACGAGGGCAUAAUCGUCGAUCUACAAUUUGACACGUAUACCAGUAUCUCUCUGGGAGCCAUCCUUGUCGCGAUGCUAUCGAUAGGCUGUGCAUCAUCGAUACAGGUAAGGUGCAUCUGUCUUUUGACAAUACCGACCUUCCUCGGACGAUCCGGACGCAACGUUUUGAGAGCUCUCGUACUGGGGUAUGUAAUAGCGGGACCGAUAUUCAAUUUAACAUACAACGGCAAAGAGGUGGUGAGAACUUUCGCUUGCACGACGCAGUUGACAUACAAUCUCAGCAAGACACGCUUCGAUCUCAUGUUUAAGCCAUUUCAGCAGGCGGUGCUUGCCAUGAAAACGGAUGCGAACGAGCUGAAGGAUACUUUAUCCUCGGUGAAAGAUUUGAUGAGUCCGAUAGUCGAGGAAAUCGAGGGCGAAGAAGAGAUGUGGAGACUGAAAGAGGAGAACGACUAUUUGGAUGAGCUUCAGGACGACACAAGGAGAAGCGACGAGAUCGAAGAGAAACAUGAGAAAGAGAUCGCUAACGCAAAGUCCGAGGCGGAUGUUUACGAGGCGAAGUACAAGAGGAAGAUCGAGUCACGCUGCGAAGAGCAACUUAGCCAUGGUGCCGAACGGUGCAGAGACAUGUUCGCUGACGCUUACGACAAGUGUUACGAUACCGUAACGAUCUUCGCGGCUUGGCUGCUGUGCUGGCCGAUGAAACUCACCUUUGUGUGCAAUCUAGUGCAAGCUCUCGGCGGGUCCAACAUCUGUGAUCCCGAGGGGAAAGUGGACUCUGGUAUCGGGGAAGGUUACGUCGCUUUAAAAAGAGCCAAGGAUGCUUUCAGCAAAAGUCUCAAGGACGCGAAACUGCAGUAUAGAGUAAAGAAGAUGCCGGUAAUUCUUGACCUUCACGACGCUACAGACGCUGCUCAGGCCGUGAUGUACGAAUUCAACUCACGCAGAAAAGUCUUUGUAUCAGUAAUGAUGAUUAUCAAAAGGUGUCUGUCUUUUAUUUUCUUGAGAAUCAUAAUAAAUGCUCAGACAUAUCAUGAAAAAUAUUUGACCGAGAUCGAGCAUGACAACGUGUAUGUUACUUCAUACUUCCGGAAAAUCGAUACGAGACGAAAGGCUCGCGGUAGUCUGACCUUGCUGCCCUUAAAAAAGAUCGAAAGAUCGAAGUUUGUGGAUCCAUACAGCCUACAGCCAGGUGAAGUUGAACGGAUAAACCUGAUCGGCCAAACGGUCAAGUUGAUCCUCGAAAUGAUCAGUGUGACGACGUUUUUAUUACUGGACAGGCUCUUCUUCGAAGCGCUUGAUUUGGUCAGAAAACAUUCUUACAUGGAAUAUACUCAGGCGGGUCAUCACGACAUGACCUUGGAGAUUCGCGGGAUUGGAAUGAUAGCCUCUCUGAUACGUAGCGUCAUCCGCGGAUUCAACGUGAAGAGACGAGUGAAGACUGUGGUGACCAACAGCGCGUGUUUACCGAGAGCCAAUAAAGUACCGAAUUACAUGAUCCUCAAGAUCUACUCGUUCUAUCUGGCCAUUUGGGUAUUGCUGUUCACCACCGCUUACACCCAACGACUGCGACGAGUGAUAUGCUCGUUCUUCUAUAGGAAACGCGAGAAGAGGCGCAUACUCUACCUCUACAACGAGACCCUGAGGCGCAGACUUGGACACGUCAGGUUCAUGCGAGCCAGAGUUAAGACUCUGGUCAGGACUCGUCGACUAGAGUACGACAUAGAUCCGUGGAUCGCCCUGAGGCUGCGCUGGCCAACGCUCUGCGGUUGGUUAGCGAUCUUUGCCUGGGCACGUCACAAGUGCCUCGUCUGCGGCGAACCAGAGCCAAGGAAAGGUCCACAGUUCCGUAAAUGCACGACACCCGGAUGUCCCUUCGUCCAUUGUUCCGAAUGCUGGGACGACGUCGGUAGGAUUUGCUUUGCUUGCACGGAUAUCGGCGAAACGGACGAUGAAACGGACGAGUUUGACACUUUCAUAACAAAAUAGAAGGAGAAUUGUACAUGAAAUCUUGUGAAUUUCAUUCAAAAGAUUUGCUGCCUGUUACGUCAUAAACGCCGAUCUUAUCAAGGCAGUCAGAUUUAUAUAAUGCAUUUUUUUUGUUUUACAUAAAGGAAAUAACAAAUAUAAAAAUUUUACACUUACAACUGU